AUGAAAGUUGAACUGGAAAUUGCUUGUCAUCGUUGUCUGUCUCAAAUAGCCAGUAACGCCUGUUUUGUGGUGGGACUCCUUGCAUUUCUGGCUUUACCUCUGACAAUGGCAUAUGUUGGUGUGAAGUCUUUAGAUGACUGCCCGGUACAGCCAAUGAUACCUCUGUACCUCCUUGUGGCGGGAGCUGUCGGCAGCUUGAAGGUUUCCCUUCUCCUCUACGAUGCGAUACACAUGCGUUCGCUGAUCUCCAAGUCCGUCCUGAUAGGCAACAACGAUGCAGAUGAAUAUCCGUGGCGACAGAACGCACACAAGUACUAUAUUCACAUCAUCCUGAGCACGUUCCUCUUCAUCUGGUUCAUCUUGGGGAAUUACUGGGUGUUCUCUGUAUAUCCACCAAACUUCAUCGCGCCGUUCCAUCGACCGCUGGACUAUUGUCUUAAGUCUCUUUACGUGUUUGCCGUAUUUGUUCUGGCGCUCAGCUACUCAGUGAUGAUUCUCUUGCUCUGCUGUGGACUCUGGCUGCACAUUUGCUCACAAACCAGCAGACGUAACGAUUAUGCAGAAGAUGACUAA